AUGGAUGCCCAGUGGCCCUUUGCCUCCCGAGAUGACAUCUGGCGUGUCUUCGAUGAUCUGAGGGACCUGUCCCUGAAACAGGAUGAGCAGGCCUCGAGAAUUGCGGGUCUAGAGCGAUUUCGAGACGAGGAUGCGAAAAUGAAGAACCUCUGGGGCGUUCCUCCCUCGCCAUUUCCAACUGCUCUCAGCGGUCCUAUCACUACAGAGUCUACCUUCAGUUCCCCUCCCGAGACGUUUAGGGGUUUCGAUCAGGGACAUCACCAGACCGUGACUAGCUCUGCAAUUGGCGGUCUUGAUGGUGAGGAUGAGCCGCGCCGGGGUACCUCGCGAGCCAACAGCGUCCGCUUCGAUGAGAGCGCCAUCCACGGAUCCUACGGGCAGGCCAAUCGGUCCAGUACUGAGCUUCCACUGCGUACCGGCAGUGGUAUGAGCUGCCACCCCAUGAUUGAGCGGUCCUUAUCCCACCGAUCUGAUGGCCGACAGAGUUCCUCGGGAUUGUCGCUGCAUUCAACACGUACCAACAGUCUGCGUCUGGACACUAGUAGCCGCAUGAUGAGUUCCUGUCUCGGCGAGUCGCCUUUGACUCCACCUCCCGGCCUGUUUCUGCUUGGCCCGGUCCCUUCUGUCAUCCGGUGCUGGCUGACGACCAACUACACAAACGACUCCCUCCUGUAUGCUGCGGUUUGCUCGGGCUCUGUCGUCUCGACUAUCGGUUCAUGCAUGGUCCGUCGGCUCGGCUUGGAGGACCAGGUAGUUCAUGAUGAUGAUGGUCUUGUUACGCUCAAGUCGACCGUGUGGCUGCCCGAAGCCAGCGUCCAUCAGUCGUCGUCCCGCUCUGUUAGUCCCACCCCGCAGCUUCCAUCCCUGACUCUCCACUUCCUCGUGCGCGAGACAAACCCGGCGGAUGAAACCAUUCAGAUCAUCCUGGGAAGUGAUGUGCUGCGCUCUCACAACGCAGAUAUCUUAUUCUCUCAGGAUAAGCUCUUGCUGGUUGAUGAUGACCGCAACCGCGUCUCCAUCCCCCUCGUGCGGCCCGAGAAGGACUGGGUCUUCAAGUUCCUGCAUACCGUCCCCGAUACCGCCCAUCCCGAGUACCCCCAGAGUUCCCUCGUCAAUGUGCAGGGUUCCGUCGGAGUGAUCGGUGAGCCGGCUCGCACUCCGAAGCAGACCAUCUCGGCGCCUGCCUCGACUCGCGUUUCUGUCGGAGAAGCAGACGACGCGAAGAAGCCUCGUCAGCAGGAAGCUAGCUCGACCGCCGAGGGGGCUGUGAAUGCCCCAGCUCUGACUGCAGCGGAGCCAAGCUCGUCCAAGCCCGAGGUCGUUGGUGCUUGGAGAUCGUGGCGUCGCGAGCCGAAACCCGAAUCGAGCAACACGAGCAAGGCCAAGCCUCGCACCAUGACGGUCCUCAAGCCGACCAAGUCGAUGACCCGUGUGAGCUCUGAGGCUGCGACCCCUUCCACUGCGACUGCUGGGCCCGUCCAUCCACAGUCUGGCCAGGCUGCCGUUCGCUCGUCCUCGGACGGCUCGGUCAAGGCAUUGGCACCAAACCCAAUCGGUGGUGCCUCGGCCUUUGGGUGGCUCAACUCGGCCGGCAAGGCCAAGUGA